AUGCGGAAGCACUAUGGUGGAAUAAUACCUCAAGUCAUGCACUGGACGCUCGAUGGUUUAUCAUAUUUCAACAGAAAUGACGUAUCGCUAGAGUGCGACAAGUCGAUGGCGAGGGAUUUAUUGCUUCGAGCAGCCAUAAAUCUGUGUCGCUCACUGGGUUCGCCGAAUAUGCUUGAAAUAAAAAUUGCUUAUAAACUAAAUGUUCUGUUUGCUUCUCUUGUGAUUACACUGUUGGAGAAUGUUGGCCAAGAUGACAGUCCAACAGCAAUCAGUUUAUUUAAGAGCGCUUGCGCAUGUGCUGACGAUUUCUUAUGUAACCAAGCGUUAUUACUUCGCGAGUAUUUCGUAACAAAUUUGCUUGACGAAGCUUUUGCGGUAUGCUUUUACAAAUUAUUUUUCGAGCAAAUUAAAGUUUUGUUUCCUUUAACUGAUAAAAAUGGCAAUUUCUGCCGGCCUGAGCAACUGUCUUGCUCCGAAUGA